CUGCCCAUUUUCAUUUCAGGGAUACAGGGCUAUGGUUGUAGCGAAACGCUCCUGACGUUGAGAGGUGCUACAGUUAUAUUUCAGUAUGAGAUUAGAUGAGUUGUAGCGUUUAGAAGGUAACAAAUCUCUCAUUGCCCUUUGAGGAUGACAUCCAUCUACAUAGAUGCCAAGGCCACCAAAGCACUGUGCCAGUUUGCUGCGGCUCGAGUGUCGGUUUACAGGGUCGGUAAUGUUCACUCUGUCUGGCAGGUUUUGGGAGGAUCCUGAAAACUGUGGAGUCAGAAGCUUGGCACAGGUCAGUGCCUGGUUGCAUAAAAAUGUUCGAUUCACUUCAAUUACCGUAUUUUUCACAAUAUAAGAUGCACUUAAAAUCCAGAAUGCCAUUCUGCUGAAGUACAGCGUUAUAAAGGAGUUUCAGUUUAGAGACUGAAGCAGCAUUAGCAUUAGCCCCAGCAUUAGAGGUGAGUAUUUUCGGCCUGUAGCCUGCUGCUAACCCCGGCUAGCACUGCUGGAGGAGUAAAAACAUUAGUCAGUACAAUAAAAAAACAAUAAACAGAAUAGUAAAAAAAAUAACAUUGCUGUUUCCGUAAAUGUUUCCUCUGCUGAGAAGCGUUUGUUGGACACGUACAGGUAGCUGCACCGUUAAAAUAGCAAUCUGCCAAAGUCAGAGCUCACCUGACUCUUAAAGGGAAUGAUGAGCAAGAGACACUCUAAAUCAGAUCUUUUAAUGUCAUGGAAAUAAAUGGUUGAAUACUGAUGCAAGUUGGUAUCAUAAAGAUAUUGGUUUUGGCACUCUGGCAGCCAGUAGCACACAGCAUACUCUCAACCGGAAAUGACUGUAUCAGGAACUACAGCAACCCAUGCCUGGACCCAGAUAAAUUUAUAUUUUUGGGGGGUGAUUUUCGAUUAUCCAAUUUACCUGAUCUCCAUGUUUUUGGACUGUGGUAGGAAACCCAAAUAGGGACUUGAACCCAAGACCCCAGUGCUAACCAUGAAACCACUGUUCUGCCCAAAUUUGUAUGCUAGAAAAGGACUACAAUUUACUACAAUUGGCUGUCACUGACUGUUCUACUUUAAAAUCUAUUGAUAUAAGCCCAUUUUUAAUUAUUGUUAUUAAUUUCAUUAGUUUUGUUGUUUAAUUUAAUAAAAAAGAGGGUCUAAAGCUGUGAACAGUCUAUAUAAGAUCUCAUAUCGUGUCACAUUGUUGCAUCCCUAGUUGUGAACUUUGCUUUUAUGACCUGAGCAGUCGUACGAGUGCAGAUUUCUUACAUUAAACUCUGAAUUUCUCAGGUUUACGAUAUUUUUACACCCACCAGGGCCUCCUGAAUGCACUAUAGGGCAGCUCACCUUGGUCAGCUGAUAGUGGAGGCCCACCCCCAGGGCUUAGUCCACUCGUUUUAAAGUUAGCUUUUUGAGGCCAUUGUCGCCCACACGCUCAGUCACACUCGUUUAGUGGACAGUCUGGACAGAUAAACGGCUGCAUGAUGGACGCAGACCCUGAUACCGACCGUUUUGAGGAAAUGCCGGAUCACCUGCAGAGUGGACUCACGCAGAACCCUCUGGAGAAGAUCUGGGUUCCCUGGAUGAGUAGCAGACUGAGCCGGAGAAGAGGCUCGUCUGUGCCGCAGUUCACUAACUCCCCCACUAUGAUAGUGAUGGUGGGGUUGCCAGCCAGAGGGAAAACCUACAUCUCCAAAAAACUCACCCGCUACCUCAACUGGAUCGGAGUUCCUACUAAAGUGUUUAAUGUUGGGCAGUACCGCAGGGAGGCCUGCCAGUCCUACAAGAAUUUUGAGUUCUUCCGUCCUGACAAUGAAGAAGCCAUGAAGAUUCGCAAAGCCUGUGCUCUCUCUGCACUAAAGGACGUGUCUAUCUACUUCUCUCAGGAUCACGGCCAGGUGGCGGUAUUUGAUGCCACCAACACGACCUGUGAGCGGAGAGAGGUCAUCCUGUUCUUCGCCAAAGAGAACGGAUACAAGGUGUUCUUUGUGGAAUCCAUUUGUGAUGAUCCUGAAAUUAUUGCUGAAAAUAUCAAGCAAGUGAAGCUCAGCAGUCCUGAUUAUCUGAACUGUGAUAAAGAGGAGGCUGUGGCAGAUUUCCUGAAGAGGAUCGAGUGCUAUAAGGUCACCUACAUUCCUCUGGACGACGACAAAGACAGGAACCUGUCAUAUAUAAAGAUUUUUAACGUGGGCAGCAGGUACCUGGUGAACCGAGUGCAGGAUCAUAUCCAGAGCAGGAUCGUUUACUAUCUGAUGAAUAUUCACGUCACGCCGCGCACCAUCUACCUGUGCCGCCACGGAGAGAGUGAACUGAACCUGGUGGGCCGUAUCGGGGGGGAUUCGGGGCUGUCCCCCCGUGGAAACAAGUUUGCUGCUGCGUUGGGAAAGUACAUCAGGAGUCAGUGCAUCCCUGACCUGAGGAUCUGGACCAGCCACAUGAAGAGAACCAUCCAGACGGCGGAGGCAGUGGGCGUGACCUACGAGCAGUGGAAAGCCCUGAAUGAGAUCGAUGCUGGUGUGUGUGAGGAGAUGACGUAUGAGGAGAUUCAGGAAAACUUUCCAGAGGAGUUUGCGCUCAGAGACCAGGAUAAAUACCGCUACCGCUACCCUAAGGGUGAGUCGUAUGAGGACCUGGUGCAGAGGCUGGAGCCGGUAAUAAUGGAGCUGGAGAGGCAGGAGAAUGUUCUGGUGGUCUGUCACCAGGCUGUGAUGCGUUGUCUACUGGCAUACUUCCUGGAUAAAAGUGCAGGUGAGCUGCCAUAUUUGAAGUGUCCUCUGCACACGGUGCUCAAACUCACCCCUGUUGCCUAUGGCUGUAAAGUUGAAUCUGUUUUCCUGAAUGUUGAAGCAGUGAACACACACAGAGACAGGCCUGUGUGUGAUGAACCUCAGUGCAGUCAAACACCCCCGUUACGCCACAGCCGCGCCCAGCCAAUGGCCAGUCCUGCCCCAACCAAAGCCCCCUGCUUAGAAGACCUGGGCCUUACUGAGCUUAGUCUGGAGGUAUAAGGAUUAAGAGAAUGUCAGUGUGGACAGGGACGCUGAGGAUGCUCUGGUGACGGUUCCAGACCACAUCUAGAGCUGCACAACGUCCAUGAAGAAGAAAAACACUGGAGUUUUAUCCUCAUCAGCAUCACUGGCUGCUUAAGUUGACUGCUUAAUGAAAUGGCCUUUCUCUGAUUUUAAAAGGGUUUAAAAUUUUUUAAUGAGAUACAGUCAAAACAGAUAUAAUGAAUAUUUGGGGAAUGUUCGCGCUUGUGUUUGUGUGUUUUUUAAAGGAAUCGUUUGGUGAAAAUUCGAAUUUACACUAAACCCAAAUGUAUCUGCACAUCUUAGACAUGUUCGGUGUCUGAAUUUAGCAUUUUUAAGGGUGUUUCCACUCCUGAAAUUCUUGAAAUCUAAGUCCAAACCUACAUUGUUACCUGUUAUAAUUAUAAAAAUAUUAGGAAUCAUUCCAAACCUACAUUAUCACUAAAGUCAGAGCGGUAGAUGCUCUGCACUGUCACCAGGUUUGAUGAAGCUGUUCGUCACUUUUCACUGCUUUCUAUAAUAAAUACACUAAUAACACAAUACAGUACUUUUACUUUCAGUAUUUUAGUACUGAAUUUUACUAUAAACUACUUGCAGUACUGAAGUACAAAAAAUGUUAAAUACUUAAGUACUUCUACUUAAGUGUGGAGCUUAAAAAACACUACAAGUUCUACUCAAGUCUCUUUUUUUAAUAGAGGACAUUAACUUUUACUCAAGUCUGAGUCUCUAGUACUUUAUACAUGUCUGAUUAAUCUACAGUUACAGUAGAAACAGAAUCACCAGCACUGUAAUCUGAUCUACUGCUGCAUGCUGACGCACAACACCACUUUUACUUCUUUUACUUGUUUUACUUUGUCUGUCUGAACCGUCCAAAAAAGUGUUUUCACACUGCAGAUAUAAAGCUAAUUUAGCUUAUAAUUAAUAACAGAAGCUCAUACUCAACUAAUAAACUUGCUUAUGUGGUUUCUGACAGGGUUAGGUAGCUCUGGGCAAAACACACCAAUCAGCCAUAAUUUUUAAAACCACCAACUUGUUUCUACACGUAGUUUUUAUCUAGUUUAAAAUCAUUAAAAUAAAAAUGUGUAUUAGCUAGAACCUGGGGAUACAAUGUGUAUCACAAUGCAGGGCUUAUGAUUCGAUAAAUUGUUCGUGUGAUGUGAUAAUAAAAUAAGAAUAAAAACCUUAAAAGAGAAGGUAUGUCUAAACUGUGAUCCCACUGUGAAACACUGCCAUCUAGUGGUUGGGGUGUAAACACAAACACAAGACAAAAUGAACCACUUCUGACACCAAUUUUUACAUGUGAACAAUACUGUGAUGCUCUAAUACAGUAUAGCGAUGUUUUCACCAAAUUGUUCCUUUACUCACAAUCUAUCGACUAGCACAAGCUGGAUUAGCUGCUGGACUGCUGUGAAACUGGUGCACGAGGGCCGGUGGUUACAGUGCACUGCCAAUAUAAUGAAGAUGCUACCAUCUUAUCUACCUGUACCUACAGUGGUCUGAUUAUAAAAAUCAUCCGCCGCCCGGGCGAGGUGUUUACGUCGGGGAUGUGUGUAAUAAAUAAAUGUUUUAUUCAGUCAGUAUCGUCUGAAACUGUGUGGUGUAAACGCGUAUAAUUAGAAUUAUUGCUGUCAGAGUUUUAAUAUAACGGGUUACACAAACGGCAGGGCCUUGUUUAGCCCCAUGGGCUAAAAGAUUAUUAUGUGAACUACUCUGUAGAUUUAAAUAAAUACUAGGAGUGAUUUCAAGUAGUCGAGUAAUUGUAAUUGUAAUUGUACAUUUAAAGCAAUAGGUUUUAUUUCCUGUUUAAAAAUGUAUUUGCAUUCAUGAAGCAUUAAAAUAUAUCACUUCACUUAC